GGCUAACACCACGCAUGUGUUAAUCUGUGCUGCAGCAGUGUGCAUCAUUUCCACUUUGACCUCAGAGUUAAUCUGCAUUCAGGCAGAAGCUCCAUUGCUUGCUUUCUCCCCACCCCCACCCCCUUUCAUCUCUUCCUUUCCCUUUCUCCUAUGCUGAUGGAUUGUGUUGCCUGUGUACCGGUGUCUGUCAGGGUGUAAUGUGCCAUCCCAUUGAUGGGACCUGGUGGAGGGAAACCACCAGCAAAGUAAACAUAAAAAAAGAAAGGGAUAUAUCCAUCUGCAACCAGGAGAAAAAGGGACAGGGGGAGGGAAGAAAAAGAGAGAUGAGUCUUCCAUAUCCAACAAGCCUGGGAAGCACUGCACUCUCGAAUCCUGCAUUUUCUCUGAAAAUGAUGGUGUGGGCACUUGUGCUUUUCUCCCUCAUCCAGUGUUCGAGCCAAAAGGGGGAUGAUGACUAUGAAGAUUAUACAUCCAACAAAACAUGGGUUUUGACGCCCAAAGUCCAUGAGAGUGAUGUUACCCUUAUUUUAAAUGGUUUGCUGGAGGGAUAUGACAACAAAUUGAGACCUGACAUAGGAGUUAAACCAACAGUGAUUCACACUGAUAUGUACGUAAAUAGCAUUGGGCCAGUGAAUGCUAUCAAUAUGGAAUAUACGAUCGAUAUAUUUUUCGCCCAAACAUGGUAUGACAGACGUCUGAAAUUCAACAGCACAAUAAAAGUGCUCCGGUUGAACAGUAACAUGGUUGGUAAGAUCUGGAUACCAGAUACAUUUUUCCGAAACUCCAAGAAAGCAGAUGCUCAUUGGAUAACAACGCCAAAUAGGAUGCUCAGGAUCUGGAAUGAUGGCAGAGUGCUGUACACACUAAGGUUGACAAUAGAUGCUGAAUGUCAGUUGCAGUUACACAACUUUCCAAUGGAUGAACAUUCCUGUCCACUGGAAUUUUCAAGCUAUGGCUAUCCCAGGGAAGAAAUCAUUUACCAGUGGAAACGCAGUUCGGUGGAGGUAGGAGACACCAGAUCUUGGCGGCUCUAUCAAUUUUCUUUUAUUGGACUGCGAAAUACUACAGAAGUAGUGAAGACAACCUCAGGGGACUAUGUAGUUAUGUCAGUUUACUUUGACCUAAGCCGAAGAAUGGGUUAUUUCACUAUCCAGACCUAUAUCCCCUGCACACUUAUUGUUGUGCUGUCCUGGGUCUCCUUCUGGAUUAACAAGGAUGCUGUUCCUGCCAGAACAUCUCUUGGUAUUACAACUGUCCUGACAAUGACCACACUCAGUACAAUUGCUCGUAAAUCGCUCCCCAAAGUCUCUUAUGUGACAGCAAUGGACCUUUUUGUGUCAGUUUGUUUCAUUUUUGUUUUUUCUGCUCUGGUGGAGUAUGGCACCCUGCAUUAUUUUGUCAGCAACAGAAAGCCAAGCAAGGAUAAAGACAAAAAGAAGAAAAACCCACUUCUUCGGAUGUUUUCCUUCAAGGCACCCACAAUUGAUAUCCGGCCGCGAUCAGCCACUAUUCAAAUGAACAAUGCUACACACCUUCAAGAAAGAGAUGAAGAAUAUGGCUAUGAAUGUCUCGAUGGAAAGGACUGUGCCAGUUUUUUCUGCUGCUUUGAGGAUUGCCGAACAGGAGCAUGGCGGCAUGGACGGAUACACAUUCGCAUUGCAAAAAUGGACUCCUAUGCCCGCAUCUUCUUUCCAACGGCCUUUUGCUUGUUUAACCUGGUGUAUUGGGUUUCCUAUCUUUAUCUUUAAAAGCAGAACGAAAAUAGAUAUGACUUCUUUAAGAGACAGUUGCAUUUAGACAAGCAUUUAUAACACACUCUCUAGUGCCAGUAAUCAUAGCAUAUUAUUAGCUAAAGCUGCCCUAUAAGUAUUGUGAUUUAAAGCCGCCCUUCGUAAGUGAUUUGAAAUUAAAAAAAAGUGGAAGCACACACCUGUGAUAGCUGUAAUAGAAAAACGCGGAAGGUUAUGGAUUUAAUUAGUGGACCUUUUCAGGAGUAAAAUACUGUACACUUUGUUAGCCUCUUAGUGUGCUGAGCCGAGAUUGGUGUUCUCGGUAAGCUUUUUUUUUUUUUUUUUUGAAAAA